UUUGCUGGUGCCCCCCCAAUGCCGUGACCCACGGUACGCCACUGCUGUAUAUGGUACUGUACAGUACUUUUGAAUGGUACUGUAUAUAUAUAUAUAUACAUCUAACAUUGGUGUUGAAACAACACCGGUGUUUUCGAAUCUGUCGAUGUACUAAUAAAAACACGUGGAAUUACUGGGAUAAAAUGGACGAUAGAAAACUAUUUUGUUUAAGAAAGCUUGUGCCCCAGCCGAGCAAUUUAUGAUCCACAAAUGCCUAAACAUUUUUAAAAUUAUUUUUUUCCAACGUCUACGUGUGUUUUGAACCGUGACUGUAAAGAUAGGCAUUACGUACCCAAUGGGGGAGUCCCUGAGACCACAUGCCAUACAUGUAACUUAGCAACCCGUUUCGCUGUCCUAACAAACUGUAAAAGUGAGGUCUAAGCCAAGCACAACAUAUCUUAUGAUAUCUUCGGAAGGAAUAUCAUUCUUACAGUACAAGUUUUUUUCCUUCGUAACUUAGUUAAGGCAUAUUUAAUUUCAAGAUACUCAUGAAUAGCGUUCGUCUUUCCAUUGGAUACACGACACGUGUACACUGUCCAUCCGGCCAUAAGACACCGUGCUAAUUGAUAUCACAGUGGACACGUUGGCGUUUGAUACAUGCACAUUGUUACUUGGAAUAAUAAUUGUCUACACCAGACCUGAUGUCAAGACCAAGGAACCGAGCGUUGACGGCUAGGUGCCGCUCUCGAAAUUCAACAUCGAAGGCGGAUAUUAUUGCAUCUCAGAAGCAGUAUCUACGUCAAUGGAAUGAUGUUGGACUAAAACCAGUUAAGGGUAAUACAGAAUACGCAUUGAAACAAACAAUUGUAGACCACGAGAAGGCAAUCAACACCAUUAAAGAAGUCAAAGAUAAAGCAGUUGAGACAUUGAAAUUAUUUUUCAAACCACUAGAGGAUGCCAUCUCAGAUAAAAACCGAAAGAAUCGUAAGAGUUUGAAGGAAAAGAAGCAAAAGAUCGAAAAUUACCAAAACCGAUUGAAAUCCUUCAUCCAGCAAAUAGAUGAAGGGAAAUAUUCUUCAGACUUUGAUAAAAAUAAGUUUGUCGAGAGGGCAGAGCAGUUGAAGUUGGAUGCAGGUCAACUAGCCAUCAACGAAUCUGUUAUCUGUGUAUCAGGGGUUGAGAUCAACAUGGUGCAGACGGAGGUCGACAGGUUUCAACAACAGAUCCAACAGUUCCUGAAACAGUUCAAUCUGUAUGACAUGUUCGGAGUGGAAGACACUAAGCAGGAGUUCAAAGCUCGUAUCACCACUCCUCCAGAGUUAUCUUCCUCUCCUGAGCAAUCUAUGCCUACGAUAUCCACUACCAACUUGGAGCUUACUCCACAUCCACCCAUACAUGCUGCGAGAGCAAGGAGUGCCUGUUCAAUUAACCGACGUUCCCAAGUGGCAUCGUCUACAACCACGCUGAAAUCGAUAGAAACAGUGGAAGAUUCCCGUUCCAGAAGAUCUGACCGGUCUCCACUUCACAGAUCUUUGCCAUCUGAUGCAACAAAUGCAGUUAAUGGUGGAAAGGUUAAACCAACCAUUUCUGUUUCUCCUCAACAAGUGGUUGCUAACGAUCAUCAAAAAACGGGGAGGAGACUAGACCAUCCCUACAGCGUAGAUGUACUCAGCAAUGGUAACAAAGUUGUUGUAGAAACAGAUGCAUUGAAUAUCAUCGACAGAGAUUCAAACGAGAUUGUGAAGAAUAUAACUUUGUACAACCGUGACGAGGCCAAGGCAACUGGGUGUUGCGACCUCACCGUCUUAAAGAAUGACAGUAUCAUUGUAUGCGAUUCUCAACGAAAGAAACUGCUGCUUGUAAGACCGGACUCUGACGAGUAUGAAGUUUUCAUGGAGUUUAAGAGAGGAACGGUUCCGCGAGCUAUUGCAAAUGAUGGGGAAAUCCUUUAUAUAUGUCUGUUUAUGGAAUCGGGGGAUGGUGUCUUGCAGAAGAUUGACAUUGGUACGAAACGUAAGGUUGGACACUUAUCAUUUCCAAGACCCCCAAUGACUGUAUCAAGUCCAAAAUAUGUAGCAAUCAAUAGUUUUCAAGAGAUCCUGGUUAGUGACGCCCUGAAUGGAACCAUGUGGUUCGUUGAUAGGGAGAGCAAUGUUCACAACUUUACCAAUGCCUGCAUCCCUGGCCUUGCAAGGCCUACUGGAAUGUGUUGGUUGAGUCCAACUCGGUUCGUUGUAGCUGUUCAGGAUGUACAUCAUCAUCGACUUCUUGUUGUUGACAUUGCUGAUAUCAAUCACAUCCGUGUCAUCAAUACCUUCGGACGCAGAGGCAACCAACCUAACGAGUUCAACUCUCCCGAAGGAAUGAUCACGUAUCAGGGCUAUGGUCAUGAUCAACUCCUUGUUUGUGAUUUGAUGAAUUCUCGACUUAACCACAUUCCCCUAUCUUACCUGGAAGACUCAUCAAUAGUUUAAUGUGGCAACCAAUGAGCCCAUGUUUGGCAACUAGGGUGUUACUUUUACAUCUUGUAUCUCUGCCCAAACAGUGUGAAUCAUCCAUUUUCUCCUUAUAUCAACAAAUUUCUGGAAAUAACUCUGAUAUCUAUUCUGGAUUUGAACUGACACAUAUAUAAUUGCAAAUGUCAAUGAAUAAUAAUAAUUACUUCUUAUUAAGCGCUUUUUCAAAAGUUACAAAGCGAUGCCUUCAUCUUUCUCUCUUUAUUGUUUAGUUUUGAGUUUAAGUCUAUAAUUUUCUGCCGUGUAUUCUGGAGUUUAUUGUGGUUCGUUCUGUAUAUAUAUUUUUGUAUAUCGUGCUUAUCUUUUGGUCUAUGUCAGAAUGCGUUUGGACUCUGCUCAUGAAUUGAUCGAGAAAAGACGACAAUACUCAUGCUAUUGAAGUAUAGACCCAGUUGGUCCGACCUGUCAAAUAAGAAUGAGUAAUGACUUGAUCUUAUUUGUUUGUGAAGCAUCGAUACUGGUUUUGCGUCAUGAAGCUGUCCGUAAGAAUGGAAUCAAAAGAGGCUUGUCAUUAUACUUUUAAUGAUAAAUGUCAUUAGAUAAAACUGAAAUAGGCCUAUGCAUGUAUUUUGUUAACAUGAACCAAAAAAAGCUUUAAUUUCAAUGAGGCUGUUUCAAACUAAAAUUAAAUAAUACUUCACUUCCAAAUUAUCCGACUCGUACUUUGGCAAUUCGUAUAUUCCAGAAGUUGUUCAUCAAGUGUUAUGUACAAUUGAUUACGGAAGGCUUUAUGAAAAACUUUCCAUGUUUAAUUUCAUAUAAAAUCGAGCGAUAGAUGCAGGCUUGAAAGCUCAAUGUAGCGUUACUCCUCUAAUAAGGCCUAGUAUAGAAACAUGUAAAAUCUAUGAUGAAAAAAGGUGUAUUCCAAAUCUAACAUCUUCCCAAAAAGAAAGAAUGGCAUAUUUGACCAUUAAAAUGAUAAACAUCAAUAGAAGUAAGAUUGCAGGCGAAUAAUCACGUUUGUGAAUAAAAUUGGAGUAAAUUCAUUUCAGGUAGGAUAACUGUUUUUUCUCGUAAUAUUUCAUCCUUUUAGUUGCACACAAACAAUUCAAUUCUUGUUGUGGUGUCUGUUAUGAUUCUUGAUAUGAUAUAUAUAUUUACGAUGACUGUGUAAUAAAGACGAAUUAUAUUUCAUUUCAGCUUCAGCUGAAAAUAUUUCUAUUUUAGCGAAUAAAUGCAAAUGUAAUGCUUCAAUGACAACAGUAUAAUUGCAAAAAGAUAUGAAGAAUAUUUACAACAGAUAUAGCCAUUCAAUACCAAUUGGAUGCCACUUAUUUCAAUCCUUUGCUACAUUCGCAUUUAUUUGUUAAAUGUCAGAUACUUAUAGUGGUACUGGGUGACACCAUACAGGGCCCUGGAAACGAUUUCUUUACUGGAGGGUGCUGAUGUGAAUUUGACAAGCCAAAAAAAAAAGUUUCACUAAAAAAUUGAAGGUCAUAUUUGGUCCCGAGAAAAAAAGGGUUUCACUAAAACAAUGAAGGUCAUAUUGAUCGAAAAAAAAUGGGGGGGGGGUCACUAAAAAAUGUAGGUCAUUUUGGUUACAUUUAUCCAUUUUUUCACAUCUACCAGAAUUUUAGGGGGUGCUGCCUAUGGAGAAUAAUACACGCAGCACCCCACUUCCUAGGCCCAUGAUACAGUAUAGUGCAGAUAAACAUAAACAUGCCACGCGAGUAAAUUACAAUGUAAAAUCGAACAAAUAAAACCUGUUUGAAAUUCUAUUUUUUAUCCGAUUUCUCUUCUAAGAAAUCUGCUGAAAACUUAUGUUUUCAUUGUGACAAAAGAAA